UUUUGCGGUAACGAUCCGAAAGUGCUGCUGGAAGCCGGUCUGCUGGCUCAGGACCACUGCGAUGCCAUCGAUAUCAAUCUCGGGUGUCCGCAGGCGAUUGCCAAGCGAGGCCACUACGGUGCGUUCCUGCAGGACGAAUGGGAUCUACUUAAGGAAAUCGUGAGCACCUUACACAAAAAUCUGAGCGUUCCGGUGACCUGUAAAAUUCGCAUAUUUGAAGAUUUGAACAAAACCAUUCGCUACGCCCGAAUGCUGGAAGAGGCCGGCUGUCAGAUGUUGACCGUUCAUGGGCGAACACGGGAACAGAAAGGUCCCCUCACGGGUGUGGCCGACUGGAAGUACAUCAAAGUCCUGAGGGGAAUCCUGAAGAUUCCACUGCUGUCUAAUGGGAACAUCAUGGGCGUCGAGGACAUUGACCGGUGCCUGGAGGAGACCAAGGUCGAUGGGGUUAUGACGGCCGAGGGCAAUUUGUUCAAUCCGUUUCUGUUCGAGGGUGUUCAUCCGACGGCUUGGAGCGUAGCGCUCGAGUAUUUGGACAUCGUGGACCAGUAUCCGGCUCCGAUUUCCUACAUCCGGGGGCAUCUGUUCAAAGUGUUGCACCAUUUAAUGAACUUGAAACCGAACGCUCACUUUCGGGAGCAGAUGGCAACGUGUCACAGUGUUCCCGAAUUCCGGAACAUCGUCCUCCAACUGGAGCAAAAGUAUCGGCCCAUACACGAAGGCCUCGUUCCCUGGAAUGGGGAAGAAACGAACAGCCCCGCAGAAGAAUCGACCGAUUGUCCCAGCCAGAAUCUAAUGCUGCCACCAUGGCUGUGUCAGCCGUACAUUCGCGCCCCGCCGGAAGUUCACAAACAGAAACUGCAGGAAGCCGCUCGGCUGGCCUCGGAUCCGGAGCGUGAAAAGCGGGUAUUUUUGGAUCCCGAAGGCAAUGAAAUUUCUCGCAAGAAGAUGAAAAAGAUGCGCCGAGUUCAGCGCAGGCCGAACCGUGCCGGUCUGCUACCGGACGAUCCAGAUCGCGAACCGAGCCGUCGAUUUGACGAAAUUUGUAAAAACACCAAAACCGAAUGCACCAAUCCAAUGGGUCUCAAGUGUGAAUACCGACUGUGCAAGAUUUGCUGCCGAAAUCGGUGCUAUCACGAAAACCACGACUGCAAUGGGCAUAAAAUAUUCAUCAAGACCCGCCGAGACAAGGCACGAUCCUUCAACGACGACCACCAGCAAGUUGAUGGUGGUGCAUCGAGGAAAGAAAUCGGAAGAGAUGCAGAAGAAGCAUCGACCGGAGGAGUCGUGCCGAUGGAAUCGGAAAGCUGAUGCUUGGUUUUAAUAUUCAACCAAAACUUUCAACGUUUACAGUUCUCUUUUAUUUUGAUUAUUAGCUUUCCCUUUGUAGGUCGAAUUAAAUUAGAAUAAAUGUUUUCUAUUA